AUGUCGCUGAAUAAAGGAAUAGAGUUGGUCACUCGUGCCACAACUGAGGACAAGGCAAAAAAUUAUGAAGAGGCACUUAAGUUGUACGAACAUGCAAUCGAGUAUUUUAUCCAUGCAAUCAAAUAUGAGGCUCCUAGCGAAAGAGCAAAGGAAUCAAUUCAGUCCAGCUGCGCACGAUACUUGGACAGGGCAGAGCAGAUAAAGAAGUACAUGACAUCAAAAUCCCGUGAGAAAACUGAAGCUAAUUCUGGUGGUACAAAAGAAAAGAAAAGAGAUGAUUCCGACAAAGAAGAUGGAGAAAGUUCACGUUUCCAUACUCACGAAAGAAGCUUUAAAAGAAGCAGUGAUUUACCGAUCAAGUUUCCACAUUUAUUCACUGGGAAACGCACUCCCUGGAGAGGUAUUCUCCUAUAUGGCCCACCUGGAACUGGCAAAUCACUUCUGGCCAAAGCUGUUGCAACCGAAGCAAACAAUUCAACAUUUCUUUCUGUCUCAAGCUCAGACUUGGUCAGCAAGUGGCUUGGUGAAUCUGAAAAAUUGGUGAAGUCGUUAUUUACAUUGGCUAGAGAAAAUAAACCAAGCAUAAUAUUUAUCGAUGAAGUUGAUUCACUUUGUGGAUCACGUAAUGAUAACGAGCCGGAGUGUACGAGGAGAAUCAAAACGGAAUUUUUAGUUCAGAUGCAACCAUUUCAGGGUGUCAGUUCGAAUACGGAAAAUGUUCUUGUAUUAGCAGCCACUAAUACUCCGUGGACCUUAGACUCUGGUAUACGUCGUCGUUUUGAAAAACGUAUCUAUAUCCCCCUUCCUGAAACAGGAGAACGUAUAACCAUGUUUAAAUGCAAUCUGGGGAACACUUCUCACAGUCUUUUAGAAAAGGAUUUUAUGGAACUAGGUGCAAGAAGUGCAGGUUAUUCGGGUGCAGAUAUAUCAGUUGUCGUUCGGGAGGCUUUAAUGAUGCCUGUUAGAAAAGUCCAGACGUCAACACACUUUAAACGAGUCUCUGGUCCUUGUCCUGCUGAUCCAUCAAAGGUUGUUCAUGAUCUUUUAAUGCCAUGUUCCCCUGGAGAUUCUGGCGCAAUUGAAAUGGACUGGAGAAAAGUCCCAAGCGAUAAACUCAAAGAACCUCCAGUUGCUAUGCAUGAUAUGUUGAGUUCAUUAGAACGGAACAAGCCAACUGUGAAUGCUGAGGAUUUAGCUAAACAUCGUAAAUUUACCGAUGAUUUUGGACAAGAAGGUUCUUGA